CCAGUGUUUAGUGCCAAAUGAUAUGUAUGAAAAACAUGUUGUUGGAAAAGUACCUAUGUAUGGUUAUAAUGAAGAAGAAUGGAAACUACUAUCGAUACCAAACACAAUUUGUGUUAACAGUAUACGAUGUCAAGAGGCAAUUUGCUAUCCACUGGCAUUAGCGUCGAUACAAACAUGUCCACCAUCGUCACGAAUUUUAACCACUACGAGUACCAGUGCAGCGGCUGUCACAACAGCGAGAAUAACGACCAUAGUCAGAACUACUACAAAAAGAGCCACAACCGCAACUGCCAAGACAACUAGCAAAGCAACAAAAAAACCAACAACAAUACAAACAGCAGAUAGCUCUCACAGUAACAAUAGUUCUCAGGGAAUAGCUUUUAUAAUUAAGAAAAUUGUAGAAUCGUCACCAGCGACAACGAUUACAACAACCUCUGCACCAAUUCUUGCUUAUUGGAAUUUCGAAGGCAAUGGCAAUGACUUAUAUGGUGUUUAUAAUGAAACAAGUAACUGUGGCUCAUGUCAAUACCUUACAUCAGGUUUCUAUGGUGGCACAUAUUUCUACAUACCUAAUACAAACAAUUAUAUGCAAGUGCCAGCCUCAUCCUAUUUCAAUCUGAACUCUCGAAGUUUCACAUUUGAAGCAUGGGUUUAUUUUUACAGUAUGACGACUGAUCAACCUAUAUUUAGCCAAUGUACAUGUACCACUUGUACAAGUCAGUGUUUAUUUUUUCUUGUUCGAAGUAGUAAAUUGUACAUGGGCUUUAAUUUCAAUGAUUUAUCGGGGUCAACAACGUUGUCUGUGAACAAUUGGUACCAUGUGGCCUUUGUCUAUAACUACCAAACGUUUCAACAAUUUAUUUAUCUCGAUGGCGUUCAAGAUGCAGUCCGUUCUAGUGUGACGACGCCUUAUCUCGGAACGAAUGGAUCUAUGUAUUUUGGUUUUUCACCAAAUUUAAUAUCGACUUAUUACUACGGUAUGAUAGAUAAUGCACAAUUGACCACACGUGCUAAAAGUUCAGCAGAAAUAUUAGCAGAUGCAACACUAGUAUUCUACUACUCAUUCGAUCAGCCAAAUCCGUACUAUGACAAUGGUCAAAAUCGUUUGAAUGCAACAGUUACGAGCCUUUUAUCAUCUGCGAGUAGACAUGUGGGGCAAGCCAUUCGCCUCACAAGUACUUCAAGUUAUUUGCAAAUAUGCUGUUUUACCGGAGUUGGCUGGCCUUCUAGUAAAUCGCUUACAUUUGCCAUGUGGGUCUACCCAUUAUCUAUAAAUGGGGGUACUUUAAUAUAUAGUACUCAAGGAUACCAGAUGCUUGGCUUUACUUACAGUGGGCAGAUAGCUGCGCAAAUUCUAUCACAAUCUCCUAUGUACGCUUGGCAAUAUAUAUAUGGUGCUGUUGUAGUAGUCAAUACUUGGGCGCAUGUGGCCUGCACAUUUAGCGUAACUAAUGGUUUUAUUUUAUAUGUUAAUGGUGUAUCACAAGGUGCAAUAACGGGUAUUUCUACGUACUAUUUUAACUACAAUCUCCAAACUAUUCAAAUAGGAAGUAGCUAUCAAGGAUCAAUUGAUGAAUUAUAUGCUUAUAGACGCGAACUGAGCUCCACAGAAAUAUUAACAUUAGCUAGUGUAUAA